AUCUUUGCGUGCUUUAUUAGUCCAUUGGAUUUUUUACACAAAAAAUUAGCAGCUGAUUGAAAUUGCGAAUUCAUCCUUUGUUAUCAAAUGAUGGAUGACCAAGGCUGUCCAAGAUGCAAAACUACAAAAUACAGAAAUCCUUCGUUAAAGUUGAUGGUCAACGUAUGCGGGCAUUCUUUAUGUGAAAGUUGUGUAGACCUCCUGUUUAUUAAAGGUUCAGGCACUUGUCCAGAAUGUGGUACUUCUCUUAGAAGAAAUAACUUCCGAUUGCAAUUAUUUGAAGAUGCUUUUGUUGAAAAAGAAGUUGACAUCAGGAAAAAGAUUAUGAAAGAUUUUAACAAGAAAGAAGAGGAUUUUGCUACGCUACGAGAAUAUAAUGACUAUUUAGAACAACUUGAAACUAUAAUUUAUAACUUUGUGAACAAUAUUGAUGUUGAAAGUACAAAAAAGAUGGUAGAACAAUACAGGAAGGAAAACAAGGAUAUUAUACAGAAAAAUAGAUCAAAACUUAGCAAAGAUGAGGAAUAUUUGGAAAUGCUGAUAGCAGAAGAAGAGAAAGAAUCUAAACUAAGACAUGAAUUAGAUAUUAUGGAGGAAGUGAAAGAGAAAAACAAAAAGAAGAAGAAUAAAGAAGCUCUUAUUGAUGAAUUGAUGUUUUCUGAUCUACCAGCUUCAGCCAUUCUAGCAGGUCACAAUGCAAACAAUGUACAAGAGAUGGCAGUUGAAACAGAGAAAUCAACGGCUUCAGCAUUUUCAUCUGGUGCUAGAUUUGGGUUUAGUAAGAGUGCAAGUGGUAUCCCUGUACCUGCAGAAGUUGGAGAAGCCUUUGUGUAUACCCCAUGUGAACUGGAAAUACUUGGACCUUCAGCGCCCUCAGAAGAUGAUGUGUUGGAAAAGGGAUACAUAAGAAAUAUACGAGGGGCCUCUGACUCAGAUAAGGCUGGAGGUUAUGAUGCUAAGAUGGCCUGUCAACGUGCCUUGAUGGAAGCUAUGUGUGGUCUCUUCCUUAAUCCUGAGGACCCAACCUGAUGAUACAUUUAAAAUUGAUUGUAACACUAAGCACAGACUGUGGCUGUUUCUGUUUGAGGCACACACUAACAUAAACUCUUAUUGCAGGAUGUUGAUAAAGUAUUCUUUAGAAAUAUGUUAAAAAUGACACAGAUAGGAAAUUAUUGUUCUUUGAUAAGAUUCUACAGGAAAAUGAAUGUAGAGUGAUCUGUGGUAAUUUUUUUUAUGACUAGCAAUGUAAACAGAUAUUGGCAUUUAGUAACCCUAACAAAAUUCAGUGACUAGUAGGGUAAUGCUUUUAUAAUGUUUAGUUUGAUGAUGGUGUUAAAAAAAAAAGAUUCAAUGUGCAAGAUUCAUGCAAAGAACAAGAAUAUUUUAUGUACUGAUAUAUUUGUAGAAAAAUAUAUCUUACGAUGUUAAAUGAUGGAAAAAUGAAAGGGUAAUAUAAUAGAGUAAGUUUUGAGUAAGUGGAGCGAAGAAUAGAAGAUUUAAAAAACAUAAAUGCCAUGUAUGAAGAUCGUGAGGUUUCAAUACAAGCUAAAUGAAUACAUAUGUAUGUAUAGAACUUUGUUGGUCUG